GAAUUAAUCCACGACCCAACGGCGCUACCAGCCAACAGCAGGACGCAGGAUACGAGUCCCUGUUCUCCCAUCCUCUUCAGCUUUCUUCCUCCUCUCUCGCCUCUUUCUUUGUCCCGGAUCCUUCCUUCGUUCCGCCAAUUUCAGAAAAUUUUGGCAGCCGGGCAAAAAAUUGCUAGUGUGCUCAAACUUGAGGAUCGGUAGCGGGGAUAGGAGAUGAUCACGCGAGCAAAGCUGGUCGAACAGCUGCGGGAGCACCAGAUCCGGUCGGCGCAGUCAUACUCCGCGGCCCUCGCCGUCUUCUCCCCCAACCCCCACAUCGCCUCCAGGCGGGACCUGCGGGUUGCUCUCCUCUAUGCUCUGCUGUUUUGUUGUCUCAUGGUUUCGUGCUAUGCCGCGCUUUACCUGAAAUGGUUUAAACUCUCAUCCCUCUUUGUAAUUCUCGGAAUCCUUCUUCCAGUAAGUCUCAAAGUCUCUAGGCAUAGAAGGCUUAAAAGGAAAAGGGAGCGAAGAUUGCUGUUGCCCUUGUCCAUGUGAAUAUCUUUCUGAUACCCUGUAAAAUUUUAGUGAAGUGGCUCAACUACAAUGAGGAAAAAUCCUGGGUUUACUCA